CCUAUGCUGUACCCCCCCUGAUGCUGGCCAGCCUGUGCCCAGAAGAUGAGCAGAUUGCUGGUGGGGGUGACCCUGGAGAGGAUCUGCAAAGCUGUACUGCUCCUGUGUCUGCUGCACUUCCUCAUCAUCAUGAUCCUCUACUUUGAUGUCUAUGCCCAGCGCCUGGACUUUUUCAGUCGCUUCAAUGUGCGCAACGCCUCCCGCACUUUGCCGUAUGUCAAUAUCUCUCGGCCCAACAGCACUGCCGGGCCUCUGGGCCCUGAGCUCCCAGCCCCCAGUGCCAAGUCUGUCAGCAGCAACAGCACCAUCACCGAGAAGCCCUUACCACCCUGCCCGGAGAUGCCUCCUGGCCUAGUGGGCCGGCUCCUGAUUGAGUUCAGCUCUCCCAUGAGCAUGGAGCGGGUGCAGCGGGAGAACCCAGAUGUGCAAGAGGGCGGCAAAUACUCACCCCCAGACUGUGUGCCUCGCCAGAAGGUGGCCAUCCUCAUCCCCUUCAGGCACCGUGAGCACCACCUCAAGUACUGGCUGCACUACCUGCACCCCAUUCUUCGACGGCAGAAGGUGUCCUAUGGCAUCUACAUCAUUAACCAGUUUGGUGAAGACACGUUCAACCGAGCCAAACUGUUGAAUGUAGGCUUCUUGGAAGCCUUGCGAGAUGAUGAGAGCUAUGAUUGCUUCAUCUUCAGCGAUGUUGAUCUUGUGCCCAUGGAUGAUCGGAAUCUGUAUCGUUGUUAUGAGCAGCCUCGGCACUUUGCUGUUGCCAUGGAUAAGUUUGGUUUCCGGCUGCCAUACUCAGGCUACUUUGGAGGCGUCUCUGGCCUGAGCAAGACACAGUUUCUGAAGAUCAAUGGCUUCCCUAACGAGUACUGGGGCUGGGGUGGGGAAGAUGACGACAUCUUUAACCGGAUCUCGCUUAAUGGCAUGAAAGUGUCACGUCCUGAUGCCCGCAUUGGGCGCUAUCGCAUGAUCAAGCAUGAGCGUGACCGGCACAAUGAGCCCAAUCCCCAGCGGUUCACGAAGAUCCAGAAUACCAAGGUGACCAUGAAACGUGAUGGCAUCGGCUCACUGCAGUAUCACCUGGUGGAGGUGUCUAGCCAUCCCAUGUACACCAAUGUAACUGUGGAGAUUGGACGUCCACCACCACGCCCCCCUAGGGGUUGACUCUUUGCUGCCUGGCCCUACCCAUGGCCCCAUGCAUGAGGAGCUGUGUGGAUCCCAGCCCUGACUGGUUCAGAGGACUGUGUCCUGGCUCGUAGGACCUGCCUGCCUCCUUCGUGGGGAUGGGGAAAGGCCCAUGUGACAUCUUUGC